AUGUUCCUCAAACCGACUGGACCUUCUGUUAGGUGUGGCAAGCACCAACCCAACAAAGUGACAGUACAAGAAGAGAAUUCUCUGGAUGUCCAGGGGAAGUGGCUUUAUGACAGGAAGCAGAGUGGCUAUGGUGGGCACACCAAGCUGGUUUUCUGGAAAAAGGCUAAAACUACAAAGAAGAUUGUGCUAAGGUUUGAAUGCAUUAAGCCCAACUACAGAUCUAAGGGAAUGCUGGCUGCCAAGAGAUGCAAACAUAUUGAAAUGGGAAGAGAUACGAGAAAGGGCCAAGUGAUCCAGUUAUAA